AUGGCCUGUCUCUUCCCAGCCAAGCCAGCCGUCAGGAGCAUGGCUCUGUGCCGUUGGGGUGCCACCACCAGGGACAGCCGGCCUGAGGGGGAUGCUCAGCCCAUGGCCACCCGCAUCACUCCAUCCUGCCUCAAUCUCUUCGCCCUCUUUGAUGCCCAGGCCAAGGUGUGGCUGCCCCCAAACCACAUCUUGGAGGUCACCAGAGACACGAACCUGACACUGUACUUCCGCAUGAGGUUUUAUUUCCGGAACUGGCACGGCAUGAACCCGCGGGAGCCGGCCGUGUACCGCUGCGGGCCCCCCGGGGCCAAGCCUCCCUCGGACCGGGCAGAGCAGGGGGUGCAACUCCUGGACCCAGCCUCCUUUGAGUACCUCUUUGAGCAGGGCAAGCAUGAGUUCGUGAACGAUGUGGCACCGCUGUGGGAGCUGUCCAGCGAGGAGGAGAUCCACCAUUUUAAGAACGAGAGCCUGGGCAUGGCCUUCCUGCACCUUUGCCACCUCGCCCUUUGCCAUGGCAUCCCCCUGGAGAAGGUGGCCAAGAAGAUAAGCUUCAAGGACUGCAUCCCGCGCUCCUUCCGGCUGCAGAUCCGGCGGCACAACGCGUUAACUCGGCUGCGCCUGCGGAGACUGUUCCGCAGGUUUGUGCGGGCCUUCCAGCCGGGCCACGUGUCCCAGCAGGUCAUCAUGGUCAAGUACCUGGCCACGCUGGAGCAGCUGGCACCCCGCUUCGGCACGGAGCGCGUGCCCGUGUGCCACCUGGAGGAGCGGGCCCAGGCCGCUGGGGGGCCCUGCUAUGUUUGUGACGGCAGCCCCUCCCCCCCGGAGUUGGGGCCUGAAUUGGCCCCCGGACCCUGCACGCAUGAGGUGCUGGUGACAGGCACUGGUGGCAUCCGGUGGCGGCCAGUACAAGCAGAGGGUCCCCGCGGCGACGACGGUAGCAGCAGGAACCCCCGUGCUGGCCCAUCAGGGAAGAAAACCAAGGCCCCGGACGGGGGCAGCCAGCCGGUGGACAGGCCUCAGGAAGCGCCCUGGGCCUGCUUCUGUGACUUCCAGGACAUCACCCACGUGGUGCUGAAGGAGUGCCGCGUCAGCAUCCACUGUCAGGACAAGUGCCUGGAGCUCACCCUGCCUUCCCGGGCCAUGGCCCUGUCCUUGGUGUCGCUGGUGGACGGCUAUUUCCGGCUGACAGCCGACUCGAGCCACUACCUGUGCCAUGAGGUGGCGCCUCCGCGGCUGGUGAUGAGCAUCCGGGAUGGCAUCCACGGACCCCUGCUGGAGCCCUUCGUGUUGGCCAAGCUGCGGGCUGAAGAUGGCCUCUACCUCAUCCACUGGAGCACCGGGCACUUUGACCGCCUCAUCCUCACAGUGGCCCAGCGUGACCAGGCACCUGGCAUGAGGCACCUGCACCUCCGGAAAUUCCCCAUCGAGCUGCGAGCCGGGAGCUUCGUGCUGGAGGGCUGGGACCGCGCCUUCCCCAGCGUGCGGGAGCUGCGCUCCGCCCUGCAGGGCUGCUCGCUGCGAGCCGGGGAGGACUGCUUCUCCCUGCGCCGCUGCUGCCUGCCACGGCCCGGAGAGCUCUCCAACCUCAUCGUCAUGCGUGGGUCUCGGGCCAGCCCCAGCCCACCCAGCCUCAGCCAGCUCAGCUUCUACCGCGUCUGCCGUGAUGACAUCAGCCAGCUGUCCCACUUGGGCCAAGGCACAAGGACCAACGUGUAUGAGGGCAUCUUACGAGUGGGGGGAAGAGGCCCCAAGGAGGGCACGGCAGAUGGUGGGGACCCCCCCUCACCCGCUGAGGACCGUGGGCAGGAGCUGCGAGUGGUGCUCAAGGUGCUGGACCCCAGUCACCACGACAUCGCCCUGGCCUUCUACGAGACAGCCAGCCUCAUGAGCCAGGUCUCCCACGUGCACUUGGCCUUCGUGCAUGGCGUCUGCGUGCACGGCUCUGAGAACAUCAUGGUGACGGAGUACGUGGAGCACGGGCCCAUGGACGUGUGGCUGCGGCGGGAGAGGGGCCAUGUGCCUGUGGCCUGGAAGGUGGCCGUGGCCCAGCAGCUGGCCAGCGCCCUCAGCUACCUGGAGGACAAGAGCCUGGUUCAUGGUAAUGUGUGUGGCCGGAACAUUUUGCUGGCACGGCUGGGACUGGCGGAGGGCACCAGCCCCUUCAUCAAGCUGAGCGACCCCGGUGUGGGCCUGGGCGCCCUUUCCAGGGAGGAGCGGGUAGAGCGGAUCCCCUGGACAGCCCCCGAGUGCCUAUCUGGCGGGGCCAGCACCCUAACCACUGCAGCCGACAAAUGGGGUUUUGGUGCCACCCUCCUGGAGAUCUGCUUCGACGGGGAGGCCCCGCUGCAGGGCCGCGGCCCCUCCGAGAAAGAGUGUUUCUACCAGAAGCAGCACCAGCUUCCUCAGCCCUCAUGCCCAGAGCUGGCCACACUCACCAGCCAGUGCCUGACCUAUGAACCAGCCCAGCGGCCCUCCUUCCGCACCAUCCUGCGUGACCUCACUCAGCUGCAGCCCCAGAAUCUUGCUGACGUCUUGGCUGUGAACCCCGACUCUCCUGCGUCAGACCCCACCAUUUUCCACAAGCGCUAUUUGAAAAAAAUCCGGGAUCUGGGAGAGGGUCAUUUCGGCAAGGUCAGUCUGUAUUGCUACGACCCGACUAACGACGGCACCGGCGAGAUGGUGGCAGUGAAGGCGCUCAAGGCGGGCGGGGGCCCCCAACUCCGCACCGGCUGGCGGCGGGAGAUCGACAUCCUGCGCACGCUCUACCACAAGCACAUCGUCAAAUACAAGGGCUGCUGUGAGGACCAAGGAGAGAAGUCGGUGCAGCUCGUCAUGGAGUACGUGCCUCUGGGCAGCCUCCGGGACUACCUUCCCCGGCACAGCGUCGGCCUGGCGCAGCUGCUACUCUUCGCCCAGCAGAUCUGUGAGGGCAUGGCCUAUCUUCACGCCCAGCACUACGUCCACCGAGACCUGGCUGCCCGCAACGUGCUUCUGGACAACGACAGGCUGGUCAAAAUCGGGGACUUCGGCCUGGCCAAGGCUGUGCCUGAAGGCCAUGAGUACUACUGCGUGCGCGAAGAUGGGGACAGCCCCGUGUUCUGGUAUGCCCCGGAGUGCCUAAAGGAGUGUAAGUUCUACUACGCAUCUGACGUCUGGUCCUUCGGGGUCACCAUGUACGAGCUGCUGACCUACUGUGACUCCAGCCAGAGCCCCCCUUCGAAAUUCAUCGAGCUCAUAGGCCUCACGCAAGGGCAGAUGACAGUGCUGAGGCUCACUGAGCUGCUGGAGCGAGGGGAGAGGCUGCCGCGGCCAGAGAAAUGUCCUUGCGAGAUCUAUCUCCUCAUGAAGAACUGCUGGGAGGCAGAGGCCUCAUUCCGCCCCACCUUCCAGAACCUCAUACCCAUUCUCAAGACGGUCCAGGAGAAAUACCAAGGCCAGGCCGCCUCGGUGUUCAGUGUGUGCUGAAGCCUGCUGGCAGCCCUCGAGGGGAUCGGGGCAGGCACCCAGGAGAGGGCCUCGCGCCCCAAGAGGAGCCCGAGGGGGAGAGGUCGGCCUCACCACUCCCCCUGCCUUAAUCCUGCCUGGAGACCCCGCCUCUGUGAACGGACUUGCCUUCUGUCUUCGUGCAUUUGGGCUGCUGCAGCGCCACCACCGGCGGAGGUGCUCACAGGCUGGAACUCGUUUCUGACAGCUCCGGAGGCUGAGACCUCCAAGGUCAAGGCUCCAGCAGAGUCACCGUCUGGUGCCUCGCCCACACCUGCUGGCUGUGUCCUCACAGGGUGGUCUCUGGGGUCUCUUUUAUAAAGACCCACUUCCUAAAGCCAUCACUUUGAGCAUUAGGAUUUCCAUGUAAGAGAUCUGACGGGCCCCAGGGUGGCUCAGGCGCUUAAGCAUCUGACUCCUGAUCUCAGCUCAGGUCUUAUUCUCAGGGUCGUGAGUUCGAGCCCUGCAUUGGGCUCCGCACCAGGCGUGAAGCCUACUUAAAGAAUUUGGAGGGGGUGCACAGCGUCAGACUAUAGCACCUUCCAUGGCUAUGGGCCAGGCACAGGCCCCUGAGGGACUCAGGACAAGCAAGGACCGACGCAGGCCCUCGAAUCCAUCUCUUUGCCUCCCCCACCCUUAGGACCCACCAUUUCCGCUAGCUGUUUUCUCUGCUGGAGGCUGUGGUCCUUGGGCCCUUCUUCAGCAAGUGUUUGUGCCCUUGGGGAUUGUAGCUACGGCAAGAUUGUGCAGAAAAGAGCUGGCCCAACUCUUUUAAGCUUCGUUCACGUCGGAAUCACCAGCUAGCCAGUGCCUGGCUCUCAAUAACUACUUGCUAAAUAGAUGAACGAAGAUGGAGGCGGGGGUGUGCGGGGUGGGGGGGACAGGCCACAAGGACAAGACCGCCAGACCUGCCCUUUCCUCCCUGUGCGACUUCAGGCAAAUGGCUUUCCCGCUCUGGGCCUUCUUUCCCGGCGAUGAGCUGGGGGUGGUCAUGCUCCCUCCCUCAGAGGACUAAUGUAAAUAGCUAAAGAGUUCCUUCACCGCCAGACUCUUAGCAAAUGUACCUGCAAACAAGUUCUUAAUAAACAUUUGAUACGGUCAUUAA